ACACACACACACACAUUCUCUCUCUCUCACAUACACACACACACAGUCUCUUACUCGCAUCGCAAGUCCAGUGGAGGGAGAUUAAGUGUGUUUAAAAUGAAUGCGUGAUAGGGAAGUCACGAUACAGAAUCUCUGUUGUUUCUUGCUUUUCUUCAGAGAUUUCAUAAUUAUACUUUGAUUUCUUAUUCCACCUUCAAAAUGGGGAACAAAGAUCACGCUUCUGCUCAACAACAUCAAACGCAGAUCGAGAAAAACAGAGUCCAAGCUGUUCUUCAUCUCCUCAGGAAGCCAUCUCCGCUCACUCUCAAACAGGAGAAAUUUUGUAAUGAAGCUUGUGUAGGGAGAUUUUUGAAAGCCAAAGGCGAGAGUGUGAAGAAAGCUGCCAAGCAGCUGCGUGCUUGUCUCUCAUGGAGAGAAAACCUAGGCGUCGAUAAUCUAAUAGCUGAUGAGUUUUCCGGCGAAAUAGCUGACGGCAUGGCUUAUGUUGCCGGUCACGAUGACCAAUCUAGACCUGUUGCGAUUUUCCGGAUCAAGCAAGACUACCUCAAGUUUCGUUCACAAAAACAGUUCACCCGUUUGUUGGUUUUCACUUUGGAGGUUGCAAUUCAAACAAUGGCAAAAUCCGUGGAUCAGUUGGUUGUCUUAUUUGAUGCAAGCUUUUUCAGGUCAGCAUCAGGGUUUAUGAACUUAUUGGUGGCAGCACUGAAGACGAUAGGGGAACACUAUCCUGGCCGCCUUCACAAAGCUUUUGUCAUUGACCCUCCAUCCCUUUUUCCAUAUCUGUGGAAGGGUGUCAAGGCAUUUAUUGAGCUAUCAUCCAUCACCACAAUGGUUUCCUCGCUUGAUUUUGAUGAGUUCCCUGAUUUUAAUCACUUUACGUCGUACCCACGAGCCGCAUCUCUCCGUUUUAAUCAAAAUAAUCCCUCCAAGGCCAAAAUCGGGUCUUGCUCCUCUUCACGCUUUUCUUUCACCGUUUCCCACCAUUUUGACUCGCUCAAGCCUUGGUAUCUCACCUUGACCGACAAACCGUCCUUCAAAGUGGGUCCCACAUCCACCCCGGUGCUAGGACCCGCCCUCAUAUCACCCGUCAACGCCCGUUCCUACUCGUUCGCAUCCCCAACCGCAAGAAACAUAAAUACGAUGAGAAAGAGCUUCUUCCCAUCAACUCCCUUGCCGCAAAAAACCCAAGUGAUGGACCACUCGACCAUCAACCAACCACGAACCCCAAAACCAUCGUUCCUACACUCACCUGCACUAUUCUUCAAGAGGGAGUCGUGCCAUGUAAGCAAGAUGGACAAGUGUCGUGAAUCUUUUGUUCCGUUCCUAAGAUUCUACCGACGACCGUACGACGAGAUGAUCUACCGAUCAAAGAUGAAGCCUCCCCUCGGAGGUCUCAUCUCGAUCGUCUCACCACAAAUCAGGCGUCGCCACAUGUCCGUCUCUCAACGAUUUUGAUAUAGCAUCAGAAAGGAGGAUUCGAUGGAGCAGCGUACAUACAUAUCACAUUGACAUUGACAAUUAAUAUCUCAAGUGUGUAAUUUUCGCACCGCUAAUAAUUAUUAAUAUAUUUGGAUUGUCCUAUGUAACAAAUUGAUUAAAUGUUGUUUAAUUUUGAUAUGUGUCUUGUGC